AUGAGAUUGCUGCAUCGUACAGUUUUGGAAAUAUUUAAUUUCAAAAUGCAGACACCGGCCCCCGAAUUCGCUGAGGAGGAGGAGAUUCGGCUCCUGGAAGAAAUGUUUCGGUGUGCGCCGCAAGUCGUCGUCACCCCCCUGACCCCGAGCAAGACACCGGGAAGGGCCCAGACACCGAGCCUCAGCGCCGAAAACGACGCAUCCGAAUACCGAUCCAAACGGCUUGACAUCCGGAUGACAGACGUGCAGGAUGUACCAACAAAGAUUCAUAUCUUACCAUCAGACGAGCCAUAUGAUCCGGCCAACCUCGGAUUCGUUAGACCUGACCGACGCCCCAGCACGGGGACCGGCGUGACCAAACCACACCCAAAAAGGGUCAGCCAUAUACUCUUCAAACCAAAGAAGAAGUCGCGAGUGUUGAUCAGACCAGCCACCGCAGGCCUGCUACAACUGAUCAAAGGACCGGGCAAUCCGGUAAUCGCCCUGCCCGCAGUAAUCGAUGAGAAAAUGGAAACAGAUGACACCAACCCGGGCCCACACGAAUGCAGUCCCCAGUUGGUUGCAUAUCCGAAAGCGACGGCACCUGUCAUCAGCAAACCAGUUGUUGCCAAAGCAGCAGCCGACGAAUCUACGACGCCGCUCGUUGUCGAACCAACAAAGCCCAUCAUCGACGAACCUGAUAGAUCAACCAUCAUCAGGCAUGGGAAGAAGAUGGGAAAAGCUACCAAACCGGUUACAACUCCGAAAACCCACAAAUCCUACAUCAUCGGACCUGAGAAAAUGAAAACAGAUGACACCAACCCGGGCCCACGAGCAAAUCGCAGUCCCCAGUUGGCAGCACCUACACAGCAUUCCAGUGCAGCAGCGUGGCUCAGCUAUCACAACGCGCCACUGUUAUCUGAGUACCCGGAUCAGUUUGAGGCCCGACCCGGAGACCUGUUUGCACCACCGACGAAAAUUCAAACGCCGUUAGAGCACCUGCUGGCGUCUCUAACUCCUCUGAGCGAGGUGAAAGAUAAACGAGUCAAAAAACGCCGGACGUUCACGGCAUACGACGAGGCGCUGCGUCUAUUCAAAGUGACGCGUACGAAGAACUUCCUGACGCCCCGGAUCAAACCGAUGGGGAAGACGGCCCACGAGCUGUUGAAGACCCUGAAUAAAAGAGGUGUGACAAGCUCAUCUCUUUUCUUUCUAAGGAAAGGGGGGUGUGACAUAGCGAUCGACGAGUGCGAGCGAGACAACGAGUCAUCGACAGCAAGCCCGAGUGCGAGCGAGAUGUCACAAUUUGAAUUGGCUACGAGAUCAUAUACACAAAUAUCCCUAUUUUUAACUUCUUUAUACAAUCGUUUACUUGAUUCAGGCAUUUUUCUAGGUGCGUGGGAGAUAGUCUAUAUAAUACCUUUAAAUAAAGUUACACCACCAAAGUCUCCAUCUGACACGUGUCCGAUCACAAAUUUGGCUUACUUAAAUAAAGUAUUUGGAAGAAUUGUUGCAAAUCAAGUACAAAUAGCAAAAUUAAAAUCACUACAUAUUGACUUCCUUCCAUCUAUUAUUGUAAAUAAUGUCGCAUUACCAUAUGUAAAUCAAACAAAACGUCUUGGCUUAUUACUAAUUAAGGAUCUUUCGUGGAACAUCACUGCUAUUAUUCUUCCACUUAUCGAUUACUGCUCGAUAGUACUGAUUGAUUCUACAGCUGAUAACAAUUUAAAAUUGCAACGUUCAUUAAACAAUACGAUACGAUUAAUCUAUAAUCUAAGACGUGAUGAACAUAUAACCCCUUACAGACGUGAAUUAAGUUGGUUACCUAUAAAAUCUAGACGUCGAUAUUAUUUAGCUACUUAUUUUUGUAAAUUAUUACAAAUAGGAAAGCCUAUAGUUAUCUUAGAGAACUAUUUAUUGAAGAUGAAGCUAGACCCUCUGAAUGACUGGCAAUCAAAAUGA